AUGAAGAAGAGGGGAUGUUCGGAAGUCUCUUCCUUUGAAAGACACAUGGACACAGUUCUUUCUGUCCCGGAUAUCCUAGGAAGAAAGGAAGUCUUGAGGCCUGUAGUGUUCUCGCACAGGGACGACUCUGAAGAUGGGUUGGAAGCAAUGAAUGACAGAGAAGUGUUUAUGGCAGCUCUGAGACGAAGGAUGAACCUUCUACUUGGUCCCAGAGUGGUUGAAAAAGCAGAUUUGGAUAUUUACAGAGAUGAUAAUGUCUGGAUGAAUGAGAUUAGAAUGAGCUCGGAAGAAAGGAAGGAAGAACUCUGUGGGGAAAAGAGAGUAGCUUUUGUUUCUGUGGACCCGGACCUUUAUGGGAUUGUUGCAAACGAAAUUCCUGGGUCAGGAACGAAGGACGAUAGCUUUUUGUAUGUUAGAAGAAGAAUAGUGGGUCUUGAGAGCCGGGUGGAGUUUUUGUUUAGAAGAAGCUGGGGGAUAAUGGAGAGUAAAAAGGUAUUAUCGCUUGCUUCGCUCGAUAGCUUAGUGAGGAAGGAUGGAUUUCAAGGUAUUGUGAUGGUGGAUGGAAAGUCAGUGGUUUUGAGCAAGGCUGUAGAAGAGGUGAACAUUGGACUUCGAAACAGGAAUGCAGGGAUUAUGGAAAACAAUAUCCGGGGCACUUUUACUAUCCGAGUAGACGGACUGGAUGGGUCGGGAGAGAAGCUCCAGAGUGUGAAGCUGGUAUGUGGAUAUAGAGAAAGUGACUUCCAAGUUCGAUUUGGAUACCAUAAGAUGUAUAAGGUAAUGCCUAUGGAGAGACUGAUGAACUACUAUCUGGACAACAAAUGCAUUCCUCUUGGAAAACUUCUCGAAGAGCUUGUCUGCAUCUCGCAACCUGGGAGUCUAAGAGACAAUUGUUUAAGAUUCAUAGAGUUGAAGGCCAGCUUGUUUUUUGGAGAAGCCGAGAUAUCUCCUUAUGAUGUUGGGAGCUCACUCUUGUUUUUUCUUUGGAUGUUUGGAGGAAGUCGAUUGUCGUUGAUAACAAACAAGAUCAUAGAGUACAUCGAGUAUGUACUUAGUGAGCUAGACAUCUGCCGAAGCUCUACCAAGGACUUUUUGUUCCUUCAUGAGACAUGUAUCUUCAUAAAUAAGAUCAUUCUACUGGAAAGACAGGCAGGAGAGAUUGGAAGCCAUAGAAAGCCAAGUAUUGGGGAUAUGAAGAAAGAUAUGCAGGUUGGAGUUGGGCCAUCGGAUUGGUACGAAUGGGACGAUUUUUGCCCAAAAGAGUCAUGCACUGCCCUUGCCUAUUACAAGGCAGCAGAUUUCUCAGAAAACCUUGUACUCAGGCUAAGAAGAAUAGGCCACCAAGAGAAGAUGCAUGAAGAAGAUGCCAAGCCCAUUGUCAAAAGCACAAUUGAGGAUCUUCUUCUUGAAAGCCUUAGGAUCUCAAAAGCCGAGUGUAUUAGAAGCCGAUCUCCGGGACUAAGAAAGCUUUUUGGGGUGUAUCGAAGAAUGAAUAAGAUUUCUCAGAAAGGCCUUGCUAGAUUUGUGGAUAGGGACAAGACAAGUAAUCUCAUUAUCUCUAUUCUUGAAGAGAAUACUGUGUUUGACUGUGAGACUCUCCUCCUGUGUACCAUUUUGAAGGAUAUUUCACAGAUUGUUCCAGUAAGAGUGUCUGUUCUCGAUAAGGCACUAGUUAAAUGCAUAAGUGAGGUUGUGGAAAUGUUUGGAAAAAGGUUGAGGCGGCUUCUUCGAAAGGGCGAAGAAGAUGUUGAAAAUGCAUUUGAACCAAUAAGACUGUUCUUUAAAAGACUUCGGUAUCUGAACUCGACUAUACACGAGGAGAUAUUCAAGAGCGACCUGCAUCAUGCCAUAGAAGAGGAGUGCUUCUACCGACUCCGAAAGAUAUCUCGAGAUGUCAGGGGAGGGCUUAGACAGCUGGAACUCUGCAGGAAAUUGCAUGAGGAGCAUCUUCGGAUGUUUAACUCAAUGAAUCGAGAGAUCGAGCUUGGAUACUGUCUGGAAGAAAAGAAAGCCUUCAUGAGGCUUUAUGAUGUUAGAAAGAUAAAAAGGAUGCUGAGAAAUCCAGAGAUUCUAGAGAAAGAGAUAUUAAAGAUGAUUGGGGAAGGGACAUUUGCAGACGAUAAUGUACGCAACAGAUACAAGCUGUAUCUGUACGAGUGCAUUAAGGAGAACGCCCGGGUGCUUUCCAAGGAUAGAUAUGAUGAGACAAUGAUGUCUGUAAAUAAAUGCUUCAUAUGA